AGUGCCAGUGCCCAUCAGUGCCACGUGCCAGUGCCCAUCAGUGCCACCCAUCAGUGCCAGUCAGUGCCACCUAUCAAUGCCAAUCAGUGCCACCUAUCAGUGCUGUCAAUCAGUGCCACCUAUCAGUGCCAGUCAGUGUCGCCUAUCAUUGCCAGUCAGUGCCGCCUAUCAGUGCCAGUCUGUGCCACCUAACAGUGCCAGUCAGUGCUGCCUAACAGUGCCAGUCAGUGUCGCCUAUCAGUGCUGCCUAUCAGUGCUGCCUAUCAGUGCCAUAUAUCAGUGU